CCGCCGCCUCCCGGGCGGGGCGGCGGAGCGGCUCCGCCCCCGCUCCCUGCGAGGGAGGCUGAGGCUCCGGGCGCCGCUGCCCGGCCUCCCCGCGCAGCCCGGGGGCGGCGAGGCGCCGGGAGGAUGCGAGUGGGCGCCGCGGGCCGCGGCGAGGCGAGGGCCUGGGCGGCCGGCGGCGGCGCUGGGAGGUGGCGGCGCACCCGCCGCCCCCCCGCCCCGAAAGAAGUGCAGUAGUUUGUGGAGCGCAAGAUGGCGGCGCGGCCGUGAGCGGCGGCGGGCGGCGGAGGCGGCGAGGCAGCGCGGCGCCGCCGCCAGACUUCUCCGUGAGGAUCUGGAUUGCAAAGAGCUUCACCAUACUUGGAGCUUCAUGUGGUGGAUGUGGACUUUAAAACAGUGUGUCUCAACAUUUCAUCCUCAACUAUCUGUUUUUAAUCUGAUUGCACUACAAAAGAAAAGCUGCUAAUGGGAUAAAUGUUGAGACGUUGCAAGAACUGACUUGAAGUACCAAAAGCCAUUACUAUAAAUCAAGAAGAGCUCGAAGCUAAGUCUGUAUCCGAUUAGUCAGUAUCAUUUUCAAACAACAGGCAUGGCAAGUAAACGAAAAUCAACCACACCUUGCAUGGUCCUAGCCAACGAGCAGGAUCCGGAUCUAGAAAUGGUAUCGGACUUGGAGGGAGGACCACCUGUACUCACGCCGGUAGAGAACCCCACAGCAGAAAGCAUAACGAGUGAUGAGGAUGUCCACGAGUAUGUGGAUUCAGACAAUCAGAAAAAUUUAAAAGUAGAAGGUGGUUAUGAAUGUAAAUACUGUACUUUUCAAACUCCAGAUCUCAAUAUGUUUACUUUCCAUGUGGAUUCAGAACAUCCCAAUGUAGUAUUAAAUUCAUCCUACGUUUGUGUAGAAUGCAAUUUUCUUACCAAAAGAUACGAUGCUCUCUCAGAGCAUAAUUUGAAGUACCAUCCUGGAGAGGAGAAUUUUAAAUUGACCAUGGUGAAACGUAAUAAUCAGACAAUCUUUGAGCAAACAGUAAAUGAUCUCACUUUUGAUGGGAGUUUUGUUAGAGAAGAAAAUGCUGAACAGGCUGACCCUUCUGAGAUCCCCUCAUCAGGGAUCUCAAUUAGCAAAACUCCUAUUAUGAAAAUGAUGAAAAACAAAACAGAGACUAAGCGCAUUGCUGUUUUCCACAAUGUAGUUGAUGACAUUCCUGGUGAAGAAAAGGGAACUGAAAAUGAGCCAAACUCUGAUGAAGUAGUAGAAAACCCGCCAUCGGCAGUUUCUGAGUCAAAAGCGAGCCAUUCGGUUGUUUGCAGUGCAGCAGAUGUAGCUAGCGCAGUAGUGACUCCAGCACCGUUGAUUCAGCCCGGGGUGGCACAGGUUAUAACAGCUGUUACAGCUCCGCAGAAUCCAAACCUGAUUCCAAAAGUCUUAAUACCUGUAAAUAGCAUUCCAGCCUAUAACACUGCUUUGGAUAACAAUCCUCUUUUGCUUAACACCUACAACAAAUUCCCUUACCCAACCAUGUCAGAAAUCACUGUUCUUUCCACUCAAGCUAAGUACACAGAGGAACAGAUUAAAAUAUGGUUUUCUGCCCAGCGUCUGAAACAUGGUGUGAGCUGGACACCAGAGGAAGUGGAGGAAGCAAGGAGGAAACAAUUUAAUGGCACGGUGCAUACUGUGCCACAGACAAUUACCGUUAUUCCAGCACACAUUUCCGCUGCUAGCAAUGGUUUGCCCUCCAUUUUGCAGACCUGCCAAAUAGUUGGUCAGCCAGGACUUGUUCUCACUCAAGUUGCAGGUGCAAAUACACUACCAGUAACAGCCCCAAUAGCUUUGACUGUAGCGGGAGUCCCAAACCAAACGCAGUUGCAGAAGAGUCAAAUUCAUACUGCUCAGCCUAUUGCAGAAACCAAGCAAGUAGCUGCCGUUCCAGCCCCUCAGUCUAUCAAAAAUGAAGCCACGCUAGUGAAUCCUGACUCUUUCAGCAUCCGAGCAAAAAAAACAAAGGAACAACUGGCAGAAUUAAAAGUCAGCUACCUUAAAAAUCAGUUUCCUCAAGAUUCAGAAAUUAUUAGGCUUAUGAAAAUAACAGGCCUGACUAAAGGAGAGAUCAAAAAGUGGUUUAGUGAUACACGCUACAAUCAAAGAAACUCGAAGAAUAAUCACGGGAUUCAUUUCAACAGUGAUUCAUGUGCCACCAUUGUUAUUGAUUCAAGUGAUGAAAUGAAUGAGUCUCCAACAGGAGUCACUCCACAGAGCAAGUCAUCAUGGAGUGCUUUUCCUGACUUCACCCCACAGAAGUUCAAAGAAAAGACGGAUGAGCAGCUGCAAGUCCUCCAAGCAAGUUUUCUUAAUAACCCUGUCCUAACAGAUGAAGAAAUGAAUAGGUUAAGAGCCCAAACCAAACUCACCAGGAGAGAGAUUGAUGCCUGGUUUACAGAAAGAAGGAAAUCAGAUGUCUUAAAGGAAGAGGGAGCUGACCUGAAUGACAGCAAUGCCAGCAGCUCAAAAGAGGAGGCUGGAGAAACAUCUGUGGGAGAUGGAGCAGAGCCAAAAUCAGGGGGUUCCUCUUCAAGCAAAAUAGGCAAAAAAUCACCAGAGCAGUUGCACAUGCUGAAAAGUUCCUUUGUCCGUACUCAGUGGCCAUCUCCACAAGAAUACAACAAGCUGGCAGAAGAAACUGGGCUCCCAAGAUCAGAAAUUGUGAGCUGGUUUGGAGAUACUCGCUAUGCCUGGAAAAAUGGUGGAUUGAAGUGGUAUUAUUACUACCAGAGUGCCAAUGCAAACAGUCUGAAUGGACAAGGCUUUGCGAGGAAGAGAGGGAGAGGAAGACCAAAAGGGAGGGGGAGAGGAAGACCUCGGGGGAGGCCUCGGGGAAGCAAGAGGUUAAAUAGCUGGGACAGAGGUGUGUCUGUCAUAAAAUUCAAAACUGGAACAGCAAUCCUGAAGGACUACUACAUGAAGCACAAAUUCCUUAAUGAGCAAGACCUUGAUGAACUUGUAGCCAAAUCUCACAUGGGAUAUGAGCAGGUCAGAGAGUGGUUUGCAGAAAGGCAAAGAAGAUUAGAGCUUGGAAUAGAACUCUUUGAGGAGGAGGAAGAUGAAAUGCUAGAAGAUCAGGAAGAUGAAGAAGAAACAGAUGAUAGUGAUACUUGGGAACCUCCCCGACAUGUUAAGCGCAAACUCUCAAAAUCAGAUUGAUGUGCAAUUUGGGAUUUGGGGGCCAAAUACCCAUGAAUUGGGUUUGACGUUGUAAUGAAGAGCCAAACAAUUUUUAAUGGCCUUCAGUUUUAGCAAGCACUUGCUUAGUAUCUUCCUUCAACCUAGGAGAAUGUGGGCAAGAUGCUACCUGGGCAGGCAACCAAUAUAGGCUUCCUUGCUACCAGCGAUGGACAUGCUCAGGCCUAGCCUAGGACAUGGGGUUGUAAAUCAGCUCCAGUUCAGCUCCUCCUCUUCUACAUUACUGAUGGGAAGGUUCAUCGUUCAUGUGACUGCUUCUCAGUAUUUAAUUGCCUUAUGUUGUUUAAUUCCAAAAAAACACAGACACAUUUUUCCAUUGUUGUAGGAGAACAUUGCUUGCUCACAAAGGAGGAAAGUACAGAAACCUAAGAUGUCUUUUUGCAAACGCCACUUCACCUGAAAGGUUUCAAGGCCUGGGUUUAUUUCUUAAGGAAAGAAUUCAAAACAAGAGAAGGGGAAAAGUGUGGCAAAGGAAUCAAUGAACCUAGGGGUGAGGAUUGCUUGGUUUAAGAAAAUGAGGUGGUAUUGGUACCUUUUGUGCAUCUUCAAAGUGUUUUGGGUUUACAGAGCUUGUACUGAAAUGUUUCUUGUUGAUAAUUAUGAGCUAACUGAAUGAGUUUAAAACUAGAAGAUGCUUUUCGUUAAACUUAAUUGGUGUAUCCUACAUCAGUUUAAUUUAAAUGCCUGACAGACUUGAUGCAGUUGAUAGCAAGAUUUGUUUUUAGUUUGCGUGUUCAUUCCUUUGUUGGAAAAUGGUAGGAAAAGUAUGCAUAUUUCUAGCCAAAAGACAUAAGUCCUUGAAAUCUUACACUGUAUUUUUAUGAUAAAUAUGGGGGGAAGGAGGAGAAACUGCCUAAAGCCUGUUCAGAGUUGGUUAGGAUUUUGUAAGAAUACACAGAUAGAGAGAUGAAAAGCGUCUUCAGGUGCUAGUAAGGACAGUUUUCAAGCAAGUUUGGCAAUGCCCUGAUUUUUAGUGCUCAAACAAAAUUAAAUUAUAUGGUUUUUGGAUGCUUAAGAAUGAUAAACACUAAUAUUUAAUUGUUCUUACUCAGUAGUAGCCCAAUUGAAUAAUUUGUGUGCAAGUUUAACCUGAAUUCAUCCUAACAGAUUCAGCUCACCGCUAUGCUGAUUCCUUUUAGGACUGUUGAGUGAACACACUUAUUUUUAGAGAUGGAGUUUGAUCUAUUUGAACUGAACUCCAGAAGUAGUUUAAUCUGAUGGAGGACAUCUUCUGCAUCUUAAAUAAGUGUCUUAAAAAAAAAAAACACUUGGUCCCAAGACUAUAAAAUAGUAGUAGUGUUUGCGUAGCCAGCUUAAAAGCAGUGGGCCAGAUUCACAAAAGUUAGUUUAGGCAGAUGAGCAGUGGUUGUCCAAGGAAGAGUAGUGUGUGUUCUUGCUACUGUCUGCCUGCGUUUUUUAGGGACAGGUUACUUUAGAUUUAGGUGUCAAAAGCAGGAGUGGAAUUGGCGCUGCUGUUGCCAGCAUUGUCUGCUUCUAUAUUGGCACUAGUGGAAAGUAUUCUAGCAGUCUCCUCUUGCACAUCUGUCAGCAUCUUCUGUGUAGGCAUCUGCUUCUGUUGACCAAUGAGAGGCAGAUUAGAUUAGAGAAAAUGGGUCCUAAUCUUUCCGUAUUUCCAAGAACCUAAUCUAGAAUUAUUCUUUCUUCCUCACUGUAAUAAGCAGCUGUCAAAAGACCAAGACAGCCCUUUCAGUCAUGAUUUUCUGAAGCAGAGGACUCUGUAUUAGAUCAUCUUUUUCAUGCUGUUUAUGGGUGAAACCCAGGUCAAAACAAGAAGGGGAAAAAUGUCUGACAAAAAAUACUGUUAACCUUCCUGAGUGCCGCUCCCCCUCAGGACACAUGUAGCUGGCUUUCUGCUCGCCGAGCUGACGGGCUGCCUGAGUUGCGGGAGGAUGGUGUAUGUGAAAGCCAGGUACUAGGGUGAGCUCUUCUGUCCGUGUAAGAUUGCAGGAAAGACUAAAGCAGUGGUUCGUGGUGCAUAUCACUGGGAGGACAAGCCCAUCAUCCCUCAGUUUAACUUCAGGGGGAGGGGGAGAAACCCAACUGCUUUGUCACUGUGUUUCGUGGGAGUCCCAUGGGUCUGGAUGUAAGCAGUUUAAGAGAGAAUCUGGCCUUUUCAGCAUCGACUGCUAAAAGUGGUUAGGAAGUAUUCUCAUUUGGCAAGUAAUUGUAUGGAUGAGGCUGUUGCAGAUGCUAGGAAAGAAGAAGUCACGUUAGCUUCAAGCUCCGCUGGGAAUACGGGGUCAAAAUUCAGUGCUUGUUGAGUGGGAAAGGACAAAACAAAGAGGGAAAGAGGUGCUAUUUUUAAAUUUUCAAAAAUAUUAAAGCAAAUCCCUAAACUUCUUGGAAAUAUGCCUCUAGCAAGCAAAAUCUGGAGUUGCCUUAAUUCUUAAGGUGAGCCAGAAUUAAUUCCCCCCCCCAAAAAAACCCAAAUAACCUGUCUAAAUAAAUUUCCCCUUUUUGUUAGCAGAGACUGCAUGUAGCUUAGCAUUGAAUCUAAUCUUCUUUAAAAAGAGGGGGGGGAAAGUAAAGAUCUGAGUUAAUUAUAUAAUUAAACUGGGAAAUUUUCCAUUUUGGCAGGGUUCUGUUAAAUAACACUCAACUACAGUGGUAGGCCUUAGCACAUCUGGUCUGAAAAACACAGGAAGAAGAAACACAUUGUUUAUCAGACUAAAUAUAGUUGGAUGGAAGUCUACUUUCAUUAAAACGAUCAGAGGUGAUGGUUGAUAGUAUACUGGAUCAGAUUUUCAGCUGCUGUAAAUACUAUAGUUCUGUGUAUUCCAGUGGCUAUAACAGUAUUUACAACCUGUUGAGGGACGUCAUCCUUUUGCAGAAUACAUCAUUUACAUGAAACUAUGUGCCGUGGGUCAGUUCCUGAGGGAUGCAGAGUGCCCACAUUUCCUUAAGGGUAUAUGCAUAUUGUAAGCCUUUAACUAGUGCCAAGGAUAAGAAAAAUUUUGAUAGGUUCACCCCUAAAGAUAGCACUUACAUGCAUUUAUUAUUGCUCAUAAUUUGUCUCUUGUUUCUGUUUGCAAAAAUGGAGUCCAUUAAUUACCAGUUUAUUGCAUGUUUACAACAUUUAUGUAUUUGCACUGUGUACUGGGGGGAGGCAGACUCCUUUCCAGAGGCCUCCUUCAUCAGAACUGACAGAAAAAGCAUAGAAAGAGCUGUCAGCGUGCUGGUGCUGUGACAGGAUGGUCUGUUCUGUCUGUGUGUUGGGACUGUGGCAGGUGGGAACUGAAAGCUACUGGUUGCAGUGGUUUAGCCCAGAUUCUUCUCAUCUAACCAUAGGCCACAGCGUGCCUCAUUUAGGUGGCCAAGGCACGCUAUAUAGUCAACUGUGAGAAACAGAAAUGGCCUGGGGGAUGGAGGGGUACAGCACGUUCUCAUUCUCUACUAAUUAGGUAGCGGCAACUUUCUGAACUUAAGCAUGUCAGCAAGUGUCUAAAUUUGAUGAAUCUGAGCAUCACUGUUCAGAUCCAUAGUGCAUCUCUGCAGCCUGACUUCCUCUUAUAGCUUAUCUACACUUGGACAUUUUUUUUGGAAACCACCUGGAGUGAGCUAGGUUGAUGGGAAGAAUGGGUCAAGAAAGUACAUCUGCUCUGGAAUAAGUGUCCAUAUGGGAUUUUGUCAGUUUUCCAGAAUAUCUGUGCGUAGACAAGCCUGUGGUAUGCUUUCUGUAUUUGUUUUCUUAAAUUGGAGCCAGUUAUGAGCCAGGCUUUAAUGAUUAUAAUUGAAAGUGAGAUGAGGAAACUAUUUGGUCUUGCUCAGAUGUUACCUCUAGGUUGUCGGGUGGUUCUCGGUCUUCGUUGACAGCACUGCUUUCGAAUUUAGCUGUGAACAUGAGUUACUCCAGUAGAGUUUCCUUUUUCAUGUAUUCUUUCUGCCAAGGGUACCUGAUCUGAUUAGGCUAGUUACUGCUGUCUCUGGAAUUCAGCUAAUGUGAGAAUAAAGAUAAUCCUGUGCCAGAUGGAGAGAGAGAGAGAGAGGGCGGAAAAAGAAAGUGGUAUCAGAACGAGGUGAGGCAUCCACUGUCACUGUGCCAUGGUGCUUGCUGGCAUGUUUUGCAUUAGCUUCUGAGGGCAAUGAAAGAGCACGAUUCCAUCUGAGUGGUGCUGUCUUCCCAUACCAACCUCCUAACGGUCCCCAAAUCGGAGUUAGCUGUAAAAAGAAAGUCAGAGCUAUCCCUCCUGGAAGGUUUGAAUGAACUGAUGCUGGCUUGUAAGAAGUGGAAAGGAAGGAAAAUGCAGAAGCUCGGAGACUCUGACUUCUGCUUGCCCUGCAGAAUUCACUUACCUAAAAAUAAGCAAAAAAGUUUUACUCUUGCUGUUCUGACAGAAUAAGUAAUUUAAGUAUGGCAGUCACUAACUUUUAGCACCUAGAAAGCUCUGCUUUUUUGGAAAGCAACGAGAGGAAAGAUACCUAGUACCUCAUGAUUAGAAUUUAGUGGAUUUUCUCUAAUACGCUAUAGUAAAUCAGGCCAUUCAAUUUUUGAACUUUGUCCAGGACCAUUUUUAAACCUGCUUUUUUACAACGUUAUAUGCAGUAUACUUCCUAGCUGUAAAUAAGAUUAUUGGGAAGGAAGCUCAAUGCAGUGUGGACACAUAACAUGAAAUAAUUUUUUCAGUGCAUGAUUUGCUGACUUUGGGCAAAAGCCUGUUUUCUUCCUACUCACCAAGGAACUCUGAGGCAGGCAAAAGCACUUCCUUUUCCUCUACAGAUUAGAGAAAGGAUUUUUUGGAGCCCAUACAAAGUGAUUCAUAGUCUUAUGCAGUCCUGUAGGCCAGGAAGCCCAAAGAUGCAGACAUUCGCCUCCUCCGUUUUCUUCCGAAAUGAGAGCACAGCAGAAUCUCUGACAACUAGUUGCUGAGUGCUGAGUAACCAAGCUGUAGUUUAAGGUGGAGAGCAUUUUCCCUUUUGCACUUUUAGAGUACUGUGUAUUCAGGUUGGAUCUCAGUGUUUGCUUCUGUAAAUAUGACAGUAUCAAUUUGUGUUCUCCACCUCAGUCCCAUAUCUGUCUAUAUUCAUAUCUCCUGAGGAGAAAAGAUAAAGCAUUAAGCUUCUGUAAUAUUAAAUAUCUGUGCCCUAACCUGAAUGCACAAAAAUAGAGUGCAAUAAAAUAUAGCUAUUUGAUUUGAUUUAAUUUCCUAUUUCUUGGGGAAUCACUUUGCCUACAUUAGAUACUAAUGGAAGGAGAGUAUCAGUGAUCAGAGAUCAUUAAAACUGUUGAGAGUUGUUCAGAAUGACUGGGAUGAUUGUAUAAAUUAGAAAUGGAAAAGACUAUUGGGGCUCAGUUCCCUAUGAAGACCAGUGCUGGGUCACUCCAGGCUUUUAAUAUCCUAGGAUAAGCCAGUUUAGCAAGUAGCAUGACACAAACUUCUUGGGUCAAGUUACUUGAGUUUUGAUUAUGUAUUAAAAUGCUGUAGGAAAAGAUUUGAAAAUGAAAUAAGUUGUAAAAGAGGGUGAAAAAUCCCCUUAACAGCUAUUUAUAAACACCCAAUAGCUCAAAUUUCUUUAUCAUUUUCUCACUUUCAGAAAAGGGAGAUUUUUCAAGCACAGAAGAUUUACAGCCAAUAUUUUCAAAAUAAUGGCCUGAGCUUUGGGGUUUUUUUCCCCCUGCUGCAGUGAAGAGAAUCUGCACUUUUCCAGUGGAUACUCAUUGCAAAAAUGACUUUCACGACAUUGUAAAAUAUAGAGUAAUUCAGGAUCCUGUAGCACUUUUCAUGAUUUAAGGUGGGAUUCGUCUAAUGAUACGUCAAUGUCUACACCUGAGCAAGACAUCAUGGGAUCCAUGUGUAGUGAUGAAGAGCUAGUCAGUAUAGGUGAUGAAUGCAGGUCAGCUCGUCCCGAAUGCCUGCAGCGGCCCGCUGAGCUGCACCUGAGCUGCAGCGGGCUGGCCCACUGCAGCGCUUGGCCGUCGUGCCCUGCUGGGCGUUCGUCGUGGUUAGCUGGGGGACUGGGGGAGUCACCUCCGCUUCCCGCUCGACGCUUGCUGGGAAGUGUGAGGCCUCCUCUUUGAUUUGAGCAGGUGGCACUACGGAGGCAGAUAAAGUAAUUGAUCCUUGGCUGUAAUACCGUGGCUUAAUAUGACUUUUGGUUUCUAAAGCAUUAUAGAAGUAAGAUUUCUAUAUCAACAUUGGACUUCGCAUAACUUAGAAUGUGUUAAGAUACAUAAUAUUUGUGUCCAAUUGCUCAAAGUAUUUCCUUAUGCUUAUUCAAUACUAGAUACCUAUCAUGAAAGUUUCCCUAAAGAAUCUGCUAGAAUGACAGAAGAGUUCAAGUUGCCAUGUCUUCGUCUGUGAUACGAAAAGAUGAACCACAAGAGCUUCAUUAUGAGUUUGACGUGUUCCUCCCCCCUUCAGUUCCAGCUUACAAAAGUGUUCUCAGUUUUGCUCAGUUGAUUAUCUGCAUGUAUACUUACAGUUUGUACAGAAAUGCACUAAAAAUGAGUUGCCCUACCUGGGAAGGCUUUAUAUUGUAUAGAAAAUGUGGCACUAGGUACUGCUCUUCAUGUGCACAGGAGAGUUAACAGGUGUCGAUCUCGUUUACAGAAAUGAUGGAGCUUUGCAAUUUCUAUAAUAUAUUGCAAUAUAUUUAAAUGUCCUGUUUGACAUGUGAAAUGAAAUUAAGUUAAUGCGUCGUUAUGUAUUUGAAGUAUGGGGAGGACGAUUCACUAACGACCAGCAAGGUUUUUAGAAGGUGUCCAGUAUGUAGCAGUCUGUGUGAUCUGUCUGGUGUAUGUGAUGUUAAAGGAAGCAACACUACUAUUCUUGUUUAGAAUGAAGAGUUUCUCUUGAUCGAUGCAAUAGCUUACAGUGUCUUUCCUUUGUAGCUGCCCAGUGUGGUGAAGGGGAAGCAAUUCUUGAAAAAGUUCAAGAUAACUGGUUAACUGUGAAUGGGCCUAAUCUUUCGUGAAACCAAGAAAAUUUUUGGACACACACAGGACUUGAAUACUCAAAAGGAUUGGAACUUAGUGUUGUGCCAAAGUUAAACUACUGCAGUUGGCAGAAGUUCUGCACUGUAAAUAGAAGACUGAUUAAAAGACAGCUUGUAAAAAAAAAUCAAAUUUUAAUACAGUACGUUUUUAUUCUGAUACAUGAUGGAAACAUUCUGUUUUAGACCUUUUUUGAAGAGGCUUCAGUGACCACUAGAUUUUGUCCUCCUAUAUUUUGUUUGGCCUAUUACUAUAUGUUCUAGUAAGAUGGGCUUUAUUGCCUGUGUUCUUUGAUAUGUGAUUAAGCUUAUAGCUUUGAGUGACCAAACAUUUUACAGAGUAAAAGUUCUUAGAAACAGUAUAACGUAACUGAUAUUUCUGUGUCUUAUUUAUCAGGCUCUGCACAAACUUGGAAAGUUGUGCUGGACUUGUACAACUCAUACAUGGGAACGCAGCAUACUUCUUGACAUUACAAACCUAAGCCUUUGUGGCAGUACAGAUCUUGUCUUUGGAUUUUUUUUUUUUUUUUUUUUUUGAGGCAAAGAAAUGGAUGAAUGCUGCUGUAAAAUAUUGUAACAUUGCCAUUAUUGCUUUCUGUAGCAAUUAUUGCUUUUGCUUCAACAGAUAAAGAAAAUAAAUCAGAGAUAGAAAAAGCUCUAAAAGAUGCUGGUAGAAGAAAGCAUCCUGUGGGAACUUCUGAAAAUAAACUUUGUACCAAAAAUUUGAAAACAGAAAUAAUGGAAUAAAUCUCUCCUUACUGAG